CAGCUGUCGGACUGCGCGCGCGCACACUCGCUCUCUUGUCAGUCGUCGUACUGUACACUUUUCCUGCCCUUUUUUCUUCGACGAGCGUUUUCAAAGCGCGGGCAAUUCGGGUUAAGACUUUCUUAAUAACAAAAACUCUUUGUUUGUGAAAAAUCUGCAGCGGAUCUCAGUUCGUGGUGGUGUCGUGACUUGUGUAAAAUAUUUGUGUUAAUAGACAUUUAAGUAUUGUUCGCGAAUACAUUGCGAGAUAUAGGAAAAAAAUCAUGAGUGCGGGCGAGUUUAAGAUAGAACGGGGCGCAGAACUGUCGCCGGAAACCAAGGAGAUAGCUGAGAGGGAACUCAGAGAAACUCCGGAGAGGGUCAGGGAAGCCUUGGAAAGACUCAGGGAGCUACUCAAGGAGAACGAUGACCUUUAUUUUUCUGAUGAAGACGAAAUUCUCACAAUUUUCCUGCGCCCCUGCAAGUGGUAUCCAGAGAGCGCUAUAGCACUUAUGCGGCGGGUAGCUGAAUUUAAACUAGAACAUGCAGCACUAUUGGAUGGGCUGAUGCCUGAACAUGAGAAAGAUACAUUUAUAAACCAUAAAAUUGCAAAUGUAUUGAAACACCGGGACCACAAAGGGAGGAGAGUUCUGCUGGUAUCAAGUGGAAGUGCAUGGGAUCCAAAGAAAGUGAGCAUGGACCAAGUGUUCAGACUGUUCUAUAUCAUACAUUUAUGCGCUUUGAUGGAGCCGGAGACCCAAGUCCGAGGCAGCGUUGUCAUUAUGGACUUCAAUAAUAUGGGCUGGGCGCAGGUUAUGGCUCAGUCGCCAGCGGCCUCCAAGCGGAUGCUGACGUUCAUCCAGGACGCCAUGCCGUCCCGACUGAAGGAGGUCCACGUGGUCAAGCAGCCGAUGAUCUUCAACGUCGUUUGGAACAUGUUCAAGCCCUUCGUCAGGGAGAAGCUAAAGAGCAGAAUGUUCUUCCACGGCUCCAAGAUGUCUUCUCUCCACAAGUACAUUCCCCCCAGCCACCUCCCCGCAGACUACGGCGGCCACCUCCCAGCCAUCGACUACGGUGGUGCUGACUGGUACCCGGCCAUUGACGACGCGUUACCCCAUUUGAAGGCCUGGGACACCUUCGGGUUUGCGAAGAAGUAGAGCAUUUAGUUAUAGUUGUAUGCAUAUUGAAGACAAUGUUUACAUUGAGGCUUUCUAUUUAUAUGUCGAGUGCGUAUUAAUGUGCAGCAAUUUUUUGUGCGCAUAUGAUAGGUGAUUGAAAGAUCGAGUUUGCAAUAACUACGAGUAUCAAAGUAAAAGCAACCUGUCUCUGUUUGAUUCUUAAUUCUUUCAUUAAGCCAUAAGCCUAGGGCCCAGUAAGGGAUAUAGAUGUGUAUGUAUCAAGUAAAAGUUAUAUGCCUUAAAUUAUGAGGUAUAUCACUAUUUUGUUAAACUUGGAUUUUUCUGCAGCUUCUUUCGUUCACAUUGUCGUUUAUUACAAUUCGGAAAUACUACGGGAGCCGUCUUCAUAAUGAUAAAUGACUUCGUUUCCCACUACAUAAAGACCCAUUAAUUCUUCUUUGUUUAUGUAUAAUGUUUUUUUCAAGAAGAGGCAGUGAGUAGAAAGGGCUACAGUGUAAUGUAAAUAUUGUCUUUGGUAUGAACAAGUCUUAUUUAAGUGAUUGCCAUGAAGUAUGCAGGAAUCGAGCACUGGUAGUGUUAUAAGCAUAUUAGAGUUCCGUAGCCUAAUUUAAAUCAAAGAACAAUUUUAAGCGGGCUAUACUGUGAACCUGUACCUAUUUGUAUUUAUA